UUUGACAUUAUGUUUCCUCGACCGAUAAGAAAGCUGGUGAGGUAGUUCCCAUACACGGCAUACACCACUCGACCAUGCACACCACCAAUUACAGCCACUCAUUUCUGUAAAUUUUAUUCAACAAACGUCUCUCUCGUAUCUCGAUGCAUUACUAUAAAAAUCAACAAUUAUAAUUGGCCAGGUGUAGGAGAUAAUUUCUCGGUUACAUCAGCCCAGCAAUCUUUUUCUUCUCUUUCUGAUUCAAAUGCCAACUCUCUUUUUCCAAGUGAGUCGAUCAACAAUGGUCCACACACACCUCAUUAGAAAAGAAGAUAAGCUUUUUCUCCUCUCUUAUUAGUUACUAGGAAGGCGACCCUCCAACCGUCGGCCCCGGUAGAGUUGAAAGCCGAGCAUAUGCAUUACCAAUGCGGUAACGAGUUUUAACCGUUAUAUUAGUCGUCGGCAGGCUAUUGUCAGUUUCAGAGCAUAAUUUCACUCAUUCAGUGGAUUCUCCGCGGAGUGAGAGGGUUGUCCGAGCCCUCCUCUUUUUUACCACUCUCGUCUCGCUUUGACCUCUUGCUGCUUGGUUAGAUUUGCUCAAAAAGCAAUCAAAUCGGAUCGUUUAUUUUAUUCCACCCGCCCGAAGGUCGUCCUCCCGAUAUAAUAAGCAGCCUUCUCCUCCCCUUUCCCCAUCCUUCACAAUCACGUAUGUAGCUCUCACCCUCCUCUUUCUUCCCUCUAUCCACUACGAGCAAAGAGGAAUAGAAGAAGAAGAAGAAGAAGCACGGAGCAAGAGAAUUAGAGAUGAAGAUACAGUGCGACGUCUGCGCCGCAGAGGCUGCGUCGGUCUUCUGCUGCGCCGACGAGGCCGCCCUCUGCGACGCCUGCGAUCGCCGGAUCCACAGCGCCAACAAGCUCGCCGGGAAGCACCGCCGCCUCUCCCUCCUCCAUCCCACGCCCUCCUCUUCUUCGCCGCGGGCCCCCCCGCUCUGUGAUAUCUGCCAGGAGAAGAGAGGAUUUCUCUUCUGCCAGGAGGACAGAGCCAUCCUCUGCAGGGACUGUGACGUCCCCAUCCACACCGCCAAUGACCUCACCAUGAAUCACACAAGGUUCCUCCUCACCGGCGUCCGGCUUUCACCCGCCCCUCUCCCAUCUGCCCCACCGCCGGAGGCAGAGCUUGUGGAUAAUAAGAGCAACGACAAAGACGUCAAGAUCGAGAACUGCAGCAACAAGAGUCAUGACAAUCUUGUAGUCGUAGCAGCGGAGGAGGAGGCCGCGUGCAGCAGCAGCACAACCACCAGGGCCGCCGCCGUGGACGGCAGCAAUAGCAGCAGUAUCUCGGAGUAUUUGAUAAAAACGCUGCCCGGAUGGCACGUGGAGGAUUUUCUGACUGACGACGACAACGCCACCGCCGCCGAUGCCGAUGCCGAUGCCGAUGCUUUCUCUCAGGUAAACGGGGAUUUGUUACGAGGCGGCGGCGAGGGACUGCCCGUUUGGGUUCCUCAGGCGAAGUAUCCGGUUGUGGAAUACCGGGCGGGGCACUGGUUCCAGGGAUUUGUUGGGUCGAAGGCUAGCCGGCAGCGGGGGAGCGAAGGGUCCUUGAGGGUGCCCCAGAUGCACGGCAAUAAGAGAUACAGGACUGCCGUCCGGUACUCGUGAAGGGAUUUGCGCGCUCAUUGGAACGCCCCCCGGGGCUUGUGGAGGGGUUUUCUUGCCGUUUUUUCCCCCUUUCCAUUCCACUGAACGAUUUGCGAUGUCGGAAGCUUGCUCUCUCUUUUUGUUUUUUCGCUUUUCUUUCAUCUCCGUGAUACUUUUUUUUCUCCGUGAUACUUUUUUUUCCUCCUCGUGCUUAGAGAAAGAAACAAAGGAAAACAGAGCUGUAAUUCAUAACGGGGUGUAUGCUUAGCUACUAAAUAAUCGAAGGAUUGUGGAAGAAAUAAUGCUUGUUUACUUAAGGGGUACUUAACAAUUCGGU